AUGUCUCUCCUCCGUGUCUCGACUUCUGCGCUCGCCCGCGUCACCAAGGCUCCCACUUUCGCCAUGGCGGCUCGAGGCUACGCUGACGGACCCACCGACAAGGCGGGCGCUACCGCUUCGUCCCAGGGCUGGUCCAAGCGCGAGCAGGCUCAAGAGAAUCAGUACGUCCAGCAGGCCGAGAAGGAGAAGCUCGAGAAGCUUCGAGCAUCCAUCAAGAAGCAGCGCGAGCACCUUGACGACGUCGAGAACCAGCUCAACAACCUUGACAAGAAGUAA